CCAGCGCCGGCAGCACGUCUCACUAGGAUUGCACAAUAAACACAGGGCGCCUCGCUUCUGCCUGAGAGCUUGUUGUCGAUUUUUUUUUAACCGGUUCCGUUUGCCAGCUGCUCCUCUGGAACAAGGAGCCUCAGAUCAGACCAACAUGGCCCCCUCGGCUCGACCCAGCAGCUCCGAACUGGAUAUGGAUGAAGACGAGGAGUCCUACUAUGGGAUUCAGAAAGUCGACAGAAAGACCAGGAAGCCUCUGGUGGAGAAGAAGAGGAGAGCUCGCAUCAACGAGAGUCUGCAGGAGCUGCGCACUCUGCUGGAGGACUCAGACCUUCAUUCUAAGACGGAGAAUGCGGAGGUGCUGGAGAUGACGGUGAAGAAGGUGGAGGAGGUGCUGAAGAACCGAAGCCAAGAAUCAGACACCCUCUCCCAGGAAGCCAGCGAGAGGUUUGCUGCCGGCUACAUCCAGUGCAUGCACGAGGUCCACACCUUCGUGUCCACGUGUCCCGGCAUCGACCCCACGGUGGCGGCGGAGCUCCUGAACCACCUGCUGGAGUGCAUGCCGCUGAACGAGGACCACCUGCAGGACGUCCUGAUGGACCUGAUCACGGACGCUUCUUCUGGGAGUAACGGCAGCAGCUCUUGGCACGGAGGUGAUGAGAGUCUCUGUUCGUCCUCGCUGGCCUCACUCGGAGGACAGAGGAUUUCCUCGUCCUCCGCCCCCUCCCCCGCCCCGUCCACCACCUCCAGCGAGGACCUGUGCUCCGACCUGGACGACACCGACAGCGAGCAGAACCAGAGCUCCAGCGAGGGCCCCGAGACCCCCGUGACCUACCCGAGGUCCAUGUGGAGACCCUGGUAGGGGUAUGGAUAUGCUGGAGCAGCUGAGCCUGGAAUAUUCAACCCUACCACACAGAAACACUUCAAAAUAAAAAUGUCCUUUGGAGCUGAAACAUGCAUUGAAACCUAUCUUUGUGUGGUGCAGGAAUGAGUCCUAAAGCCUGGAAAUGAGUCAGCAUUUACCACUUCCCAUUCUCUCAUUUUAAAGUCAAUGGUUUUUUGAUUGACAUAUAGGGAGACCGGAAUAUUCAACCCUACCACAUAAAAACACUUCAAAAUAAACAUUUCUUUGGGUGGUGCAUCUUGCAUUUCUUGGCUCAACUAGCCCUGGCCACACACAUGGAUUUCUAACUUCUGGAUCCCCUGGAGAUCAAUUUGUUGUUGUGUGGAGGAACCAUCUUUUUCCCACAAUAGAGUGGUGCAGGAAUGAGUAAAAAGACCCGGGAAUGAGUCAGCAUUUCACCACUUC